GUCUGGGAUGACUGUAUAUUCAUCGCGUGAACACCGUUCGACUACUGCGAGCCACAGCGACGUUACGUCUGACUGGAAGUGUUUUGUGUGACUGUUUAGUUGUCGGCCGGUUCGGGAGAAGGAGCCCUUGCCGUGCCAUGGAGUUGGUGUGAUGUGCAUUCGGGCACCGCGAGUCGCGACCGGAGGCUUCCGGUGAAGAGCAGGACGACAGUAGAUUGUGACGCGUGGAGGCUGUAGUUAAGUCAAGGCGACAAUGCCGACGGAGGCGUCGCCGACGCCUCGCUCCCGGCUGGCCCGGGUCCGGCGCUGCGCCCGCAUCUUCCUGACGCACCUGGUGUCCCAGGUGGGCCUGUGCCUGCUGGUGGUGGCGUACGCCAUCGUGGGCGCGCUCAUCUUUCGGGCCAUCGAGGCCGACAAGGAGGUGCACCAGCGCCAGCGCGUGUCGCAGCUGCGACGCCGCUACCUGCGCGAAAUGUGGGACGUCACCGAGCGGCUCAACGUGUUCCACGACGAGCAGUGGAUGGACGAGGUGGGCGUCAAGCUCAAGGAGUUCGAGGACGAGGUGGUGCUGGCCGUCCGCAACGACGGCUACGACGGCAAGGACGUCCAGGAAGAGGCGCUCCAGUGGUCCUUCUCAGGAUCUCUGCUUUACAGUAUCACCGUCAUCACCACCAUAGGGUACGGAAACAUCGCCCCAAAGACACCCCCUGGCAAGGUGGUGACCAUCCUGUACGCCAUCGUAGGCAUCCCCCUGAUGCUGCUCUGCCUGUCGAACAUCGGCAACAUCUUGGCGCACAGCUUCAAGUUUUUCUACGCGCACGUCUGCUGCCUGCUCUGUCGACGGGCAGACGCCGCCGCUGCAAAGAUUCAGGCGUCGCCGACAGCGAAGACGCCAGCUCAGAUACCUUCCGAGGUUCUCGACGCCGUGGUGACGGUGGCCAACAACGUUUCCAAGGGAGACAACAACGGCAGCGUCACGGGUCUGCUGACCGAAAAGAGCGGACGGCCGCCCGAGCUGUCACCUCCGCCAAGUCCCGAGAAGCUGGCCGCGUCUCCCUCUUCGGCGAAUGACCUCCCGUCGAAGAGACCCGUCAAGGAAUCUACGCCUGUGUCACAGGAGCGUAUCCCGGUGUACCUGGUGCUUCUGCUGGUGGGCGGCUACGUGUGCUUCGGCGCCACGCUGUUCUCGGUGUGGGAGGAGUGGAGCUUCCUGGACGGCGCCUACUUCAGCUUCAUCACGCUCAGCACCAUCGGGUUCGGCGACAUCGUGCCCGGUUCGCACCUGCUCGAACAGGGCGCCACCUCGGGCAGCGGACAGGCGAAGCUCAUCAUCUGCUGCUUCUACCUCGUCUUCGGCCUGGCCAUCAUCGCCAUGUCCUUCACGCUGGUUCAGGAGGAAGUGGUGCUCAAGUGCAAGGACCUCGUGCGCACGCUCAAGGCGCUCGUCUCUUCGGACGAGUCCGCCACGACGCCAGCCGCGACUUCCUAGCCCGCUGGGCGUGGGCACGAAGUACUUC